CAUAUUUUCAAGCCUCAGCCUUAUAUGUCCUUUGGGAAUCUGCGUGUUUCCCUUUUGACUCGUCCAGACUAAAACAGCCAGCCUAUCCUUCUGAGUUCCGUUCCCCAACUCCGAACUCAGCCGCGGCCGACACCGGAGAAAGACCAUGCCCAACUCUCUCCGGUCCCUCCUCCGUCACGGCCGCCGGCUUGAGUAAUCAAUUUACCACCCGAUCCAACCUCUCUCUCUCUCUCUCUCCUAGCUCCUCCGCAGAGAUUCCUUAUCAAUUACUACAUCCAUGUCCAAUUCCAAUUCCAAUCCCUUAUCUAUUAUCAUAAUCGAAGAUGGCAAUGCAUGCGACGCCCUCCCUCUCGACGUCUGCCCAGCCCCUCCCAAUUCAUCAUCCGCCGGGAGAUCCCCGAAGCUCCCUUAUCCAGCACCGGAAAUGCAGGUUCAAAUUCCAGUGGACCGAUCUGAAUCUGGUCAAUCGGUACCGGGACCGGCCCAGCGGCAGUCCCCGAGCUCCUCCACCCAUUCGCACGGAGGAAGCGGCAAUGCAUGUCAGUCCGGCUCUGCCGAGCUGGACUAUCGGCAAGUGAAAACGCGAUCCAGAGCAUCUCAGAUGCAGAUGAACGGCAGUGGACCUCUGGUGAAUGCUGAAUCCGCUCAAUUAACUGCAGAGGGAAAGGACGGCGGUUCUUUAAGACGAUCCCCUAGGUUAUCUUCUGUUACUCCGCAACCUCAAAUUCUCCCGGAGAGGAGCGGGCGUCGAGGUAGAGACUUCCCGAUUGAUUCUGAACAGGGAAAGAGCACGAGGAGGUCGCCGCGGCUGGGUAAUUCGAGCCCCGGGAUAACGUCUCGGGAACUGGAAGUAGCCGGCGGUUCAGGGAGGAUGAAAAGCGAAGGCACGGGAAAGAGAGGCGGCGGAAAUCAGCGAGAAAAUCUGCUUCCCCAAAGAAGGUCGCCGAGGCUGGGAAAUGUGGAAAUAGUUUCUGUUCCUGAAGUGCGAAAAUCGAGGGAGAGUGGCUUCCCAAACGGUAACAACAAGAGGCAAUUCGACGGAUCGGCGGCGAGAAGGUCGCCGAGAUUUAGCCCCGACAUUGGAUUGGAGUUGAUGGAGCUUCCUUUACUUCAGAGUAAAAGACAGAAGGUUCGAGGUUUAUCAGUGAAUGGUGGGCGUAGAGAAGAGGGUGCAAAGGAAUUAAGCAUCGUGCGUUUGAGUGAGAGGAAUCAAACAGGAUCUCAGGCAGGUUCAUCUCGUCCUGGAAUUGGUAUACGCUCUUCGAACGGCACAAUGCAGAUGGCACCACCUUGCAUCCAUAAUCGAGAUGGUGAGACUGAGGCUCUUGCUGCAUCCUGCUGUGGUUCUGUUGGUGUUUUUGAUGAAAACAAAUGUAGCAUCUCUCCUGAGUACAUAUCGUUGACAGAAAGUGCAGUUGGUAAUGAUAUGUUAGGGAGUGUUUCCAAAAAGCUUCUGGAUGGAAAACCAUUAACAAGAUGCCCAGGACUUGUUUUGCCUAGUAACAUUGCUAAAGACAUUGACACAGUUUGCAGUUUGGGUGAAAUGUCCCAUUUGUUGGAUAAACAGCUUCUUGAGAAGUCCUUGACAUUAUGUACUAGCUCAAGUCACUCUGCUGUAGUCGAGCAAUGCAAAAUGAACUAUGCCAUGGUAGAGUUCCCGGAGUUGUUUGAUGAACUCCCAGCAAAGAACAAAUCAGACGACCAAUUAUCUUUAGACAAAAGGAAACAACCUUCUCUGAAUAAUGAGUUGAAGGAACAGAGAGGUCCUUGUUUAAUUGGCGAUCCCAUUGCGAGCGACGAAGCUCAGAAAAGGUGGCAUUGGCGAUAUGAGUUGAAGAGUAAAAGAUCAAGAGAUCGAAGGUUAAAGCCGGAGUAAGGCUCAACUCGAGCUCUCUUUGUGCUGGUGAGGAUGAUGAAGAUCAGAUUAUUUGGAAUGUGGAGUGUCAUUAUGCUCAGGCUGAAGUUGAUGGCUGCGUGUUUGAUCUCGAGGAUUGUGCAAAUAUAAGGGGACAAGAAGGACAAAUGCACAUUGGAAAGAUAGUUGAAUUUUUUCGAUCAACGGAUGAAGAAGACUAUUUCAGGGUUCAGUGGUUUUAUAAAGCUGAAGACACAAUUAUGAAAGAACAAGCUGCUUCUCAUGAUACUAAACGUGUUUUCUACUCAACUGUAAUGAAUGACAAUCCAAUCGAUUGCAUAAGCUCGAAAGUGAAUAUCAUGAAGAUAUCACCCAAGAUAGUUCUGAAGCGACAGUUGUGUCAAAAGUUUGACUUCUAUUUUGACAUGGAGUAUUGUGUAGAAUACUCCACAUUCCGAGCUUUGACUUCAGACUCGUCAGCACCAAGUGACUUGGAGACUACUGCUGCUACAGAUGGUGGUAUUUCUGCUCUACCAAGUAACAUUUCAGGGGAAUCGGUGUCUAAAAGUGGAAAUUGCAAGCGUGAAUUAGUCCUAUUAGAUCUCUUUUCUGGUUGUGGUGGAAUGUCUACAGGAUUAUGCAUGGGUUCUAAACUUUCUGAUGUUGAUCUUGUGAUGAGAUGGGCCCUUGAUAGUAACAAGUACGCACGUGAAAGCUUGAAACUAAAUCAUCCAGGAACCCAAGUUAGGGGUGAACCUGCAGAGGAUUUUCUUGCACUGUUGAAGGAAUGGGAGAAAUUAUGCAAGAAAUAUAUGGAUACUGUUCCUGAAAAGACACAUUCCAGAAGAUCAAUGGCUUCAAAAGCUGAAAAUUGGAAUGAUGAUAGACUCAAUGAAGCUGAUGUCGCUGCUGGUGAAUUUGAAGUCUCUAAGAUAGUCGACAUUUGUUUUGGUCAUCCUAGUUCUUCUGGGAACCAUGGAUUGAAACUUAAGGUACAUUGGAAGGGUUACAGUGUAAAUGAUGAUACAUGGGAGCCAAUUGAAAGCUUAAGUAACUGCCAAGAUAGUAUACAUGAUUUUGUGAGAAAUGGGCGAAAAUCAAAGAUCUUACCACUUCCUGGAGACGUUGAUGUGGUUUGUGGAGGCCCUCCAUGCCAGGGAAUUAGUGGCUAUAAUCGCUUCAGAAAUUUUGAUUCUCCACUUGAUGAUGAACGAAAUCAACAGAUUGGCGUUUUCAUGGACAUAGUGCAGUUCUUAAAACCCAACUUUGUGCUGAUGGAAAAUGUAGUUGAUAUUCUUAGAUUUGACAAGGCUUCUCUUGCAAGAUACGCUUUAAGUCGUCUGGUACAAAUGAAGUACCAAGCAAGGCUUGGUACUGUUGCAGCUGGUUGUUAUGGUCUCCCCCAGUUUCGUCUCCGUGUCUUCUUGUGGGGAGCGCAUCCUUGUGAGAAACUUCCACAGUUUCCUCUUCCUACUCAUGAUGUUGUUGUCAGAUAUUGGCCACCGCCUGCAUUUGAGCGCAAUACUGUUGCUUAUGAUGAAGAUCAGCCACGUCCAUUAGAAAAAGCCUUAGUUCUUGAAGAUGCCAUAUCUGAUCUUCCAGCUGUUUCCAGUAAUGAACACCGUGAUGAAAUGCCAUACGACAAGCCCCCAGAAACCGAGUUUCAAAGAUUCAUUCGGUCUCCAGAGUCUGAGAUGAUAGGUCAUUCAAAAGGUGGUGCAAGAAUUGCCAAGGAUGUACUGUAUGAUCAUCGUCCUUACUCCUUGAGUGAAGAAGAUUACGCUCGUGUUUGUCAGAUCCCGAAAAAAAAGGGUGCGAAUUUCAGGGAUCUCCCUGGAGUAGUAGUUGGGGCAGACAAUGUUGCAAGGCGAGAUCAAAAGAUUGAGCAAGUAAUUUUACCAUCUGGAAAGCCACUGGUACCAGAUUUUGCCCUAAAGUUUUCACAAGGGAAGUCUAGAAGGCCAUAUGGAAGAUUGUGGUGGGAUGAAACAGUACCCACCGUGGUGACAUAUCCAGAUCUUCACAGCCAGGCAGUGCUCCAUCCAGAUCAGGAUCGAGUUCUUACCAUAAGAGAAUGUGCAAGGCUGCAAGGUUUUCCGGAUUAUUAUAGGUUCUGUGGUUCUGUUAAAGCCAGGUAUCGCCAGAUAGGGAACGCAGUAGCUGUCCCCGUGGGACGAGCACUGGGAUAUGCCAUGGGAUUAGCAGCUCUAGGACUUGGUGAUGAUGGACCACUCAUGACUCUCCCUAAAAAAUUCUCCCAUUCAACUAAUCUUCAACUAUCCGAGCCUGAGCCCGAGCCUGAGCCUGAGCUCGAGCCAGUCGAAGCAGUUCCAAUCGACUGGAUCUCCUAACCAUAAGUGUCUUCCACCCGCCCAUUUUUUAUUCCUGCAGCAUUGACUAUGAGAUUGAGGCUCUACCCGCAGUCUUAUAGCUUGUGCCACUGCUGCUAGCCCAGGCCAUUUUUUUCCCAGGCCUUUGUUGUAAUCCUUGGCUAGAAAUAAUGCUACUAGUGUGACCUAGAGAUGUAACUCAAUAAUGUUAGGAGUGUCUUCUGUUUCGUGUCCUUAAGUUCUUUCCUUUUUCAGGCCUUUGUUGUAAUCUGGCUAGAUAGAAAUAAUGCUCCUAGUGUGACCUAGAGAUGUAACUUAAUAAUGCUAGAGUGUCCUUCAAGUGCCCUUCAUAAUACUACUAGUUCUUUGCUUAUUUAAGGGUUGGAACCUUUCGUUUCUUCUUUUAAGAUUCAGCUGCAUUUUAAACAUAAAAGAGUGCAGUGCAGUGCAGGCUUAGUGUAAAUCUUACAAGUAAGACACUGUUCCGUGAAGGAGUGCCAAGUAAAGUUAUCAGGUUUCUAUCCCAUUGAAAAUGUUGAAGG